UCUAGACGUGAAAAAUAGAAAUUCCUUUAAAUUCACAAAAUUAUCAAGGGUUUCCUGUAAUUUCCUAAAAGUGAAAAUAUAGAAAAAAUAUUAAAGUCACCUGUGAGUGAAAAAAACAACUGAAAAAAAAGAAAAAAAAAAUUUUGAAAAAUUAUUUCAAAGGAAACUCCGUGCACGGAAAAAUAAUACGAAAAAUAAAACGCGAAGAAACUUCGGCAGUACACACAAAAAUCACCCGGCAUUCGAAGACAAGAAUUUGAAGCCAUUAAAGCUAUCAAUCCGACGACUACGACGACGACAGAGAUAAAUCGCACAUCCUUCGAGACAUAAAAAAUCAACAAACAAGCAAAAAAAAAAUGGAUUCAGCCAAGCAACGUGUCAAUAUCCACAUCGAGAAAGCACACAACUUCAUGCGGCAAUUCAGAGAUCCGGAAUCGCGUGAAUUGAAGAAGUUGUCGGCGAAUCAAUUCAUGGAUGUAUGGAGUCAUUAUGAUGUUGAUUGCAAUGGAUACAUCGAAGGUACGGAACUCGAUGGGUUCCUUCGCGAAUUCGUUUCGAGUGCAAAUGCCACAGAUGUCGAUCCCGAAGCUGUAACGGAUGCCAUGUUGGCUGAAUUGAAGUCUUGCUUCAUGGAGGCUUAUGACGACAACCAAGACGGCAAAAUUGACAUCAGAGAGUUGGCGCAACUUCUGCCUAUGGAGGAAAACUUUCUACUAUUGUUUAGAUUCGAUAAUCCGUUGGAAUCGAGUGUGGAAUUUAUGAAAAUUUGGCGCGAAUAUGACUCCGAUAACAGCGGAUACAUCGAAGCUGAUGAGUUGAAGAACUUUUUGCGCGAUUUGUUGAAGGAGGCGAAAAAAAUCAACGAUGUUUCCGAAGAUAAAUUGAUUGAGUACACAGACACGAUGCUUCAGGUAUUCGACGCCAAUAAAGAUGGACGUUUGCAAUUAUCUGAAAUGGCAAAACUACUUCCAGUCAAGGAAAACUUUUUGUGUCGUCAAGUUUUCAAGGAAGGUAUUGAAGGUGCUGCAAAACUAACAAAGGAGGAUAUUGAAAAGGUGUUUGCUUUGUAUGAUCGGGAUAAUAAUGGCAGCAUAGAAAAUGAAGAGUUACGUGGUUUCCUAAAAGAUUUGUUGGAAUUAGUGAAAAAGGACUACGAUGCCCAAGAUUUAACCGACAUCGAAGACACAAUUAUGCGUGGCGUAGGUUACGACAAAGACGGCAAAGUUUCCCGAAAGGAACUCACAAUGAUCCUGCUCACCUUGUCGAAAGUCAAUGUCGAAGAAGAGUAAAUUUCUCGAUGAAUUUCCCACAAAUAUUUGGAAUCCUUUCACUUUUCAUGCUUCAUUAGAGACUCUAAUAAUUAGAGAAAGAGAACAAAAAAAAUAAAAUAAAAAAACGUAAUCUACAAAAAAAACAUAUUAAUAAAUUUUAAGAAUUUGAGCUCAAAAUAUCAUGAAAAAAUUAUCAAAAUUCGAAUAUCAGAACCUUCCUAAAAAAUUUAAAUAAAAAAAAUUUUCAUUAAAUUUUUACUUUAAAAAAAAUCAUAGAGCACAAAAAACU